AUGUUUGCGGCACGCGCGACACGGGCCUCGCCUGCUCGACUGGCAGCGAGCGCUCUCCGCAAUGGCGCUCUCAGUCGUGCCAGUCGGUCCAUCCACCCCGUCGCGUCCACUUCCGGCUCGUCGGCUUCUCUCUCCACCCUGACUCGCGCCAGCCCAGCUGCUACGGCCGGCUCUUCCCUCGCGCGCGCCUUCUCGACAUCUUCGGUGGUUCGUCGCGCCACUCCUAUCGAGGAGGGCGACGGAGAGCCCUUCGACCUGACGACCGUCGAGCGUGUCUCGGACGAGGUCGACGUCAUCAUCGUCGGCGGUGGCCCCGCCGGUCUGAGUGCGGCCAUCAAGAUCAAGCAGCUCGCCGAGCAGCGCGGCGAGGAGAUCCGCGUCGUCGUUCUCGAAAAGGGCCCAGAGGUGGGUAACCACAUCCUCUCUGGCGCCGUGAUCCAGACGAAUGCGCUCGAAGAGCUCUUCCCCGACUGGAAGGAGCUCGGUGCUCCGCUCAACCAGCCCGCGCUCCAGGACCAGAUGCGCUUCCUCACCCCCACCGGCUCCAUCCCCAUGCCGCAUCCCCCACAGAUGUCCAACAAGGGCAACUACAUUGUGUCGCUCUCGCGCGUCGUCUCGUGGCUCGGCGAGCAGGCCGAGGCAGCCGGUGUCGAAAUCUACCCGGGCUUUGCUGCCGCUCAGCCCUUGUGGCAGAUGGACGACAAUGGAAAGCCGAUCGGCAUCAAGGGUGUCAUCACCAACGAAAUCGGCCUCGACAAGUCGCGCAAGCCCAAGGAUUCGUUCGAGCCAGGCAUGGAGUUCCACGCUCCCAUCACCCUCUUCGCCGAGGGCGCGCACGGCUCCAUGACGCAGAAGAUGAUCAGGCAGCUCGGCCUGCGCGACCAGGUGGGCGCCGACCCACAGACCUACGGCCUUGGCGUCAAGGAGGUGUGGCGCGUCAAGCCCGAGAAGCACCAGGCCGGUCUCGUGACGCACACGAUGGGAUGGCCGCUCGACCCGAGCACCUACGGCGGUAGCUGGAUGUACCACAUGGAGGACAACAUGGUCUCGAUCGGUCUCGUUGUGGGCCUCGACUACCAGAACCCCUACCUGAGCCCCUUCCGCGAGUUCCAGCGCAUGAAGCACCACCCCUUUUUCAAGGACAUCCUCGAGGGUGGAGAGUGUCUCGCCUACGGCGCCAGGACGCUCAACGAGGGUGGCUACCAGUCGAUCCCCAAGCUGCAUUUCCCUGGUGGUGCGCUCGUUGGCUGUGCUGCCGGAUUCCUCAACGUGCCCAAGAUCAAGGGCACGCACAACGCAAUGAAGUCGGGCAUGGUCGCCGCCGAGGCGGUGGUGGAGGCACUGGCCAAGCGCGCCGAGUCCGGCUCCGAGGAGUCGAUCGACCUGGCCGACUACAAGACGCGACUGGACGACACGUACGUGAUGAAGGAGCUGUACGAGGUGCGCAACCUGCGCCCUUCGUUCAACGGCCCGCUGGGCUUCUGGGGUGGCCUGAUGUACUCGGGCCUCGACUCGAUGAUCCUCAAGGGUCGCGUGCCCUGGACGUUCCACCACCACGGCGAGGACCACGCGCAGACCAAGCCGGCGUCGCAGUGCGAGCCGAUCGAGUACCCCAAGCCGGACGGCAAGCUGUCGUUCGACAUCCUCACCUCGGUGUCCAGGACGGGCACCAACCACGCCGAGGACCAGCCGGUGCACCUCGUGGUCAAGGACGGCGAUUACAAGGGCCACGUCGAGAGGAAUGUGGGCACCUUUGAGGGCCCGCUCGGCCGCUGCUGUCCCGCAGGCGUGUACGAGUAUGUCGAGGCGGAUUCGCCCGACCAGGAGCACGCGCUGGGCCAGAAGCUGGUGAUCAACAGCCAGAACUGCAUCCACUGCUACACCUGCUCCAUCAAGACGCCCGACCAGAGCAUUCGAUGGGACGUGCCCGAGGGCGGAGGAGGACCUAAGUACUCGAUGACCUGA